AUCAGUAGGCUAUUAUUUGCCAUGGGUGGUGUGGUCUGGGUCAGCCAUAACUGGGAUCAAUGACAUCAUUCAAGUAGAACAGCCAGUGCUGGGGAAGAGCAGAGGAGAAGUGCCAUGAGGAAUGAUUAGGAAUCUAUGUACUGAAUGUGCUGUGUGGUGGACCUUUGACUUCUGUCAACUAAAAACAUUAACAAAUAUUUUGUUCACUGCAUUUUUAAGCAAUGAAAUACUCAGCUGGACUUUUCCUGGUCAUCUGUACAGUGACAGUCAGUGUCGGCAAUAAGCAUUAUGGAAUGCGCUUCUCCUCUCUAGGCUCGUCUUUGCAGUGUUAUAAGUGCUCAGAUUACUAUGGUGGAUGGUGUAGCAAGGUGCAGGAUUGCUCAUAUGAAGACUCCUGUUUGUCUCUGCAGGAAAAAGGAGGGAAGACGAUCCGGCAGUGCAUCAGGUACACAGACUGCGACAACUCCCGUCUGUCGCAGAUGUUUCCAGCUUUGUCUGGAUUCACAUAUCGUUGCUGUAACACUAAUUUAUGUAACAGUGGGCACAGGGUAGACACAGCAGUCUUCACCCUGCUCAUCUCUCUGCUUGCCCUGUUGUGGAGUUGCUGCUAAGCUAACUCACCCAAAAAUGUGUAGGUGUGCUGACUGAAGUGGAGAGUCUGUGCUGGUGUAACUAAAUAAAUGAUGAUAAUUAAUAAUAAUUAACUAAAAGCAAAUGUUAUAGUCACCCAAAACUUUUUUUUUUUUUUUUAAGACAACACCUUUCCUAUGUUGGAAUAUUAAUUGCUUGACACAAAAGUUACAAGUAGGCCAAAAAAGGCCGCUUUUAUGAAAAUCAUAUUGGAACCAUUCAUUAUUUUACACCCCCCACCUUUUUGAUGGUACACGAGUUAUCUGUAUUUGCAUACAGGAACACAACAGGAUGUUAUGUUUAAUAGUGAAAUAACAUGUCUUUCACAUGUGCAGUACCAGCUUAGUUUUACAAUUUGUUAUUUAUCGAAACAAUGUGAUUGUAGUACCAGUUUUACAGUCUUUUUUUUUUUUUUUUUUUACAGCUCACUUAGAUAUUUCACUCAAAAGUACCCAAAGUCUUAGAGUUUUUGGUGACUUUAGGCUAUUCCAGUUAAACCUUUUUUUAGAAUGUUGAUGGUUAUUGUAAAAUUUUUUAUUCAGUUUGCUUGCUGGUACAUUAUGAUAAAAAUAAAUACUAAAAGCUGUUCAUGGUUUUCUGCUAUGUCAUGUUUUUACUAGUAAAGUUACUAAUAAAAA